CCGCACCGAUGCUGCUCAGUUGAGCGCCGUGCCUGAUCGAAGAAGGUCGCGUUUUAACUGGUGUGUUCCGACUCGAUCCGACCACAGCCCUUCCCUUCCGGUUGCAGGACUGGUUCGCCCCUCAGCGCGCACAGUUUGUGCCGUGACCGUGAGCGUCCCGUUGUGCGUGUGUGUGUGCGGUGUGUCGCGGCUUUCGUGUGCGCGUGUACGGUGCGCACUGGCGUGAGUGUGUGCGUGCAGCAGCGCUCUGUGUCUGUGUGCUUGGGGUUUGUGUGCCGGAUAGCAGCCGGAGUGACCCACUGUUAGUGGGUGUGUGUGUGUGUGCUUUAGUGAGUGUGUGUGUGUGUGUGCGAUUUGCACACAUCUACACUUCCUUCGUGUGCGGGUCUGUGUGCGUGUGUGGCUGUUAGUGCCACCCACCCUCAGCAGAGCAGAGUCGUCUCCCUCCUGCGAUACUUGCGGGAGGUUGGAAAAGCCAAGCACCACAUCAGCGUUGCGGAAAAGUCUUUCAGCCGAAGUAUCCAAUAGUAGUGUGCGAGAAGUGGCUGGUGAAAGCACACUGGCUCUAUACUCUUACAGCUGGUAGCGCUGCUUGUCCGUGUUUGUCCUUCACUUCCCGCCAGGCAUUAGAGCAAGAGGGCACACACAAUGCCUCAGACCGGUAGGACGGACUCGUACCGUGUGGCCACGGUGGCCCCACUUAAGGAUGACAAUCGCACAGCCGAUGGCCAGUUUAAGUCAAGACGCAAAAUGCCGCCAAAAAAGAAAACUGAUUUAGAUGAUCUGAAGCAGGAGCUUGACAUCGAUUACCACAAGAUCACACCGGAGGAACUGUACCAGCGACUACAGACACAUCCGGAAAAUGGUCUGAGUCACGCAAAAGCCAAGGAGAAUUUGGAACGCGAUGGACCAAACGCCCUGACCCCACCCAAACAGACGCCCGAAUGGGUCAAGUUCUGUAAGAAUCUCUUCGGCGGUUUCGCUCUGCUCCUGUGGAUCGGUGCCAUCCUGUGUUUCAUCGCUUACUCGAUCCAGGCCAGUACCGUCGAGGAACCGGCCGACGAUAACCUGUAUCUCGGAAUCGUGCUGGCCGCUGUCGUGAUAGUUACCGGCAUCUUCUCAUACUACCAGGAAUCGAAAAGUUCGAAAAUCAUGGAAUCGUUCAAGAACAUGGUACCCCAGUUCGCUACCGUUCUGCGCGAGGGUGAGAAGCUGACGCUGCGCGCCGAAGAUCUGGUCAUCGGUGACGUCGUAGAGGUCAAGUUCGGCGACAGGAUACCGGCUGAUAUUCGCAUCAUCGAAGCGCGUAACUUCAAGGUGGACAACUCUUCCCUGACUGGUGAAUCCGAGCCGCAGUCCCGUGGACCCGAUUUCACCCAUGAAAACCCGCUGGAAACCAAGAAUUUGGCCUUCUUCUCGACCAACGCCGUGGAAGGAACUGCUAAGGGUGUUGUCAUCAGCUGCGGUGAUUUCACCGUCAUGGGACGUAUUGCUGGUUUGGCCUCGGGUCUGGACACUGGAGAGACUCCAAUCGCUAAGGAAAUUCACCAUUUCAUUCAUCUGAUCACGGGUGUCGCUGUGUUCCUCGGUGUGACCUUCUUCGUCAUCGCGUUCAUCCUCGGAUAUCACUGGCUGGAUGCUGUCAUCUUCCUGAUCGGUAUCAUUGUCGCCAACGUGCCGGAGGGUCUGCUGGCCACCGUCACCGUGUGUCUGACGCUCACUGCCAAACGUAUGGCCUCGAAGAACUGUCUGGUCAAGAAUCUGGAAGCCGUCGAGACGCUCGGCUCGACCUCCACCAUCUGCUCGGAUAAGACCGGUACGCUGACGCAGAACCGCAUGACUGUCGCGCAUAUGUGGUUCGACAACCAGAUCAUCGAAGCCGAUACCACUGAGGAUCAGAGCGGCGUGCAGUACGACCGCACCAGCCCCGGUUUCAAGGCUCUGUCGCGCAUCGCUUCGCUCUGCAACCGUGCCGAAUUCAAGGGCGGCCAGGAUGGUGUUCCAAUUCUGAAGAAGGAAGUUAGCGGCGAUGCCUCGGAAGCUGCUCUGCUCAAGUGUAUGGAACUGGCCCUCGGCGACGUGUUGAGCAUCCGCAAGCGCAACAAGAAGGUUUGCGAAAUUCCGUUCAACUCCACCAACAAGUACCAGGUGUCGAUCCACGAGACGGAGGAUCCCAGCGAUCCGCGCUACCUGCUGGUCAUGAAGGGUGCCCCGGAGCGUAUCUUGGAGCGCUGCUCGACCAUCUUCAUCAACGGCAAGGAGAAGCUGAUGGACGAAGAGAUGAAGGAAGCGUUCAACAAUGCCUACCUGGAGCUGGGCGGUCUCGGCGAGCGUGUGCUCGGAUUCUGUGACUUCAUGCUGCCUUCGGACAAGUACCCGGUCGGCUUCAAGUUCAACUCGGACGACGUGAACUUCCAGGUCGAUAAUCUGCGCUUCGUCGGUCUGAUGUCCAUGAUUGAUCCGCCUCGUGCCGCUGUCCCGGAUGCCGUGGCCAAGUGCCGUUCGGCCGGUAUCAAGGUUAUCAUGGUUACUGGUGAUCACCCGAUCACGGCCAAGGCUAUCGCCAAGUCGGUCGGUAUCAUCUCGGAGGGCAACGAAACCGUGGAGGACAUUGCCCAGCGUCUGAACAUCCCGGUGUCGGAAGUGAACCCGCGUGAGGCGAAGGCCGCCGUCGUGCACGGUUCGGAGCUGCGCGAUCUGUCGUCGGACCAGCUGGAUGAGAUUCUGCGCUACCAUACGGAAAUUGUGUUUGCUCGUACCUCCCCGCAGCAGAAGCUGAUCAUCGUGGAAGGUUGCCAGCGCAUGGGUGCCAUUGUGGCUGUAACUGGUGACGGUGUGAACGAUUCGCCCGCCUUGAAGAAGGCUGACAUUGGUGUUGCUAUGGGUAUUGCCGGUUCGGAUGUGUCGAAGCAGGCUGCUGACAUGAUUCUGCUUGAUGAUAACUUCGCUUCGAUUGUUACUGGUGUCGAGGAAGGUCGUCUGAUUUUCGAUAACUUGAAGAAAUCGAUCGCCUACACGCUGACAUCUAACAUUCCGGAAAUCUCGCCCUUCCUGGCAUUCAUCUUGUGCGACAUUCCGCUACCGCUCGGCACUGUCACUAUUCUGUGUAUCGAUUUGGGCACGGACAUGGUACCUGCCAUUUCGCUAGCCUACGAACAUGCAGAGUCCGAUAUCAUGAAACGACCACCCCGUGAUCCCUUCAACGAUAAACUUGUCAAUGAGAGACUUAUCUCGAUGGCUUACGGUCAGAUCGGUAUGAUUCAGGCUGCGGCCGGUUUCUUCGUGUACUUCGUCAUCAUGGCUGAGAACGGAUUCCUGCCGCUGAAGCUGUUCGGUCUCCGCAAGAGCUGGGACUCGAAAGCCAUCAACGAUCUCACCGACUCGUACGGUCAGGAAUGGACCUACCGCGAUCGCAAGACCCUCGAGUUCACCUGCCACACCGCGUUCUUCGUGUCGAUCGUCGUCGUACAGUGGGCCGAUUUGAUCAUCUGUAAGACUCGCCGUAACUCGAUUUUCCACCAGGGCAUGAGAAACUGGGCCCUCAACUUUGGUCUCGUGUUCGAAACGGUGCUGGCUGCCAUCCUGUCCUACACGCCGGGCAUGGACAAGGGUCUGCGCAUGUACCCACUGAAAUUCGUUUGGUGGCUACCAGCUUUACCGUUCAGCUUGUCCAUCUUCGUGUAUGACGAAAUUCGUCGCUUCUACUUGAGACGCAAUCCAGGCGGCUGGCUAGAGCAAGAAACGUACUAUUAGGUCAACAAAUUUAUAUUUAAAAAGAUUAAUUAAAACAAAACCAACAAAAACCAACUCCCCCGCCCCCUGCACACACACACACAAACAAACACACAGACACGUACACAAUACACGGACACGGAAACACAUGCAUACUCUAUACAUAAACAACCAUACACACACACAUACACAUAAACAUUAUGUGCAAUCCCAGAAACACAAGCCUCACACACACAAUAACACUCCACGAACCACCAGGAGCCUGGUCGGAUGAAGGGAGAAAGAUUGUGCGAGCGCCGCCACUACAUAGAGAGAGAGCAUGAGCGAUUUAGUACCGAUGCAACAACUACAACAACACCAUCCCCACACACACACACACACACAAAUACACACACACAUUAUAAUAAAUCCAAUAUAAAGAAGAAAAAACCCCGACCGUGGGGGCCGAGUUUGCGAGCAAAAAACCAAGCUCGAAGCGCAAAGCAAAACAAACAAAAAACCCAGAUUAAAGCAUAAGCAUUAAUACGAAACGAAUAUAAGUAGUACGACGGUUAAGGUGAAGUUUUAGCACCGGACGAGCACGCGGUAGGGAAUAGCAAAAGGAAAAGAAAAAGUGGUAGGAGAACGCUAGCUAGCCCCCACUUUCACCUCAAUCCUCCCCACCCGCCCCAUAGUGUAACACGAGACACGAAGCAGACCAGUAAAGCGGCAUUCCCGGUUCCGCCGGAACCGCGCCCGCUCCAAAUCCCACCUGCACAGGAGAGCGGUGGCGCGUGCGGCAAGCAGAGCGGAGCGCUCUGGUGCUCGCUGUGAGCGGAUGGAAUCGGAGUGGGUGGUGGUGGUGGUGGUAGUGGUAGUGGGUGGUGCGAAGUGGCCAGCCAGACAGACAGUCAGACAGACAGGCACAAAGUGCGCAAUGUAGGGUCGUCGUCGUCGUCCCCCGUAUAUGUGUACCGGCCCGAGAGCGCGCGCCCGAGUGUAAAACAUCAAAAAACAUUUAAAAAAAAACAAACAAACAACGGAGGCAUCCUUGCUUUGGCCACACUGGCGCUUAAUAAACACUGUGUUUGCGGGACGGAAACACACCACCACGCACACGAUUCGACGCUUUGACAAAUGUGGGAGAGAGAGAGAGAGAGCGAGAGAGCAACAAAAACAAAGGUGUGACACACAUAGUUGAGAACGGAAGCUGUAGAUCUGUUGUUGUUUCGCGGCCGACGUUCGGCGUCGCAGGUUUGGUUUUUGCUGCUGGUUGUUGUCUUGUUUGCUUUGUCGUUUGUCGUUCGUUGCUACACACUCUGCCACUACUGCCAUUCGCAAUGCAGGAAGUUACAUUUUUUCGUGCCGAUUUUCGUACCGGCAAAAAAAAAAAACAAAAAAACUCCUUCGUCGGCGCGCAGGUUUUCCUGGCUCGCAUUCAAUUCUGAAUGUUUAAAACAUUGCAUGUAAGGGUGUCUGUGUGUGUGUGUGCGUGUGUUUGGUUGUGUGUGAGUGUGUGCACGCACUUCGUUGCAAAAUCACGAAACCACAGGCUCCUUGAUCGCCGAAGCGGCGGAAUAGAGUAAGACAGGUGGCACCAUAGAAGCAAACACGCGCGAAUAUUCUGUCUGUGUGUGCGUGGGUGUGUGUGUGUAUGCGUGUUUUAGGAUACUUGUAGUAAGGAUAAUAUUCAAACCACAGCAACACCAACCCCAUUUGCGUUGAGCAUAAACAAACAGCAACAAAACUCACAGUUCUGUGCGGCAGAACAAAUCGCAUGCUUCUUUCACACACAAUGCGCAGAACGAAGUCCGCGCAAGUU